AGGUGCAAUUAUACAUGGACUUUUAUUUUAUUUCCUCAACCCCGCACCGGAAGUGUGAGCUUGCUGAGCUACAGCUGUCUCUUUCUCGCCGCUCACAUUUGUUUUUUUACUCAGGGAAACCCAGUAUUGCUGAUCUGAUUCGUAGCAAUAAUAUCGGACAGAUUAAAUAAUCGCGUAAAUCUGGGGCGGUACACACAGUAAAGCAGCAUGGCAUUAAAGAGAAUACAGAAGGAGCUUCAAGACUUGCAGAGGGACCCUCCUGCUCAGUGCUCUGCUGGACCAGUUGGUGAUGACUUGUUUCACUGGCAGGCGACAAUAAUGGGACCUAGUGACAGUCCAUACCAAGGAGGGGUCUUCUUUCUCACAAUUCACUUUCCAACAGACUAUCCCUUCAAGCCUCCAAAGGUAGCGUUUACGACAAAAAUCUACCAUCCCAACAUUAACAGUAAUGGAAGCAUUUGCCUGGACAUCCUGAGGUCGCAGUGGUCUCCAGCUCUAACAGUUUCAAAAGUUCUUUUGUCCAUAUGUUCUUUGCUUUGUGAUCCGAAUCCUGAUGACCCUUUAGUCCCAGACAUAGCACAUAUCUACAAAUCAGACAAAGAAAAGUACAACAGACUAGCGAGAGAAUGGACCCAGAAGUAUGCAAUGUGAAGACUUAAUGGACAUAUUUUUUUAAGUCACAAAUCACUGUAAAUUCUAGCAUCUAAAAGUAUGAUUAGGUUAUAUUAUUAAACACAUUGUACUGAUAACAUUUACCAUCUGAAAUUACCAAUAAUAAUAGCUGAAGUAGUAUUUUGGAGGGGACUGAGCGCUGCACAAAAUUAAAUUAAGCUUUUUAUUGGU